AUGGCGAGUCUUCUCCGUGGAAGCGUGUCUGGAUCCUCGAGGCUGUGCUCGACUAGCUGUCUCCGGCAGCUCUCGACUGCCGCCGGAUCUGCGGCGGGCCAAUUUUCCUCGCAUUCGACUACACCGUCAUCUACUACGGUUGGAACCCGCGGAUCUCUUCCGGAAACCAGUGCCUCGGCUGCUUUGACGAGGUCGUACUCGGACUAUUCCCGGCGAUCCUACCGUGACGACCGUCCCCGACGACCACGUGAGGAGCGGCAAGGACGGUGGGACAACGACCGAUCGCACGAUGAACGCAGGUCCGAUUAUCGUGGGCCGCAAUCUCGCGGACCGCCGCGGGAUCCUCGUGCGCGCUGGGCAGACCGCGAUCGUGACCAGUCCGGCCGUCCAGACCGCUCCCCGUCCUUAUCAAGACCGCUCCGCGGGGCGGAUGACCCCGCUCCCUCCUCUGAGCCCUCGAGCUCCACGCCCAAGCGCCGCUGGAACCCGACCAAGAAGCUGACACACGCGACCAUGUCUGCGAUCCGCGAGUUGCACCGUCAGGACCCAGAGCAGUGGUCCAAACCGGCCCUGUCGAAGCAGUUUGGCGUCAGUUACGAGGCGAUCGGACGCAUUCUCAAGUCGAACUGGAGGGAGAAGGAGGCGGCCAAGGCUGCUCCCGCCAGUACGGCGGCUAUGGCUGCUAUGAAGGGGGGAAGUAUGGCCGCGCCGGGGAAAUGGAGCUUGGGCGACGAGGAGGGCAUGACUAUUGCGGAAACUACCGACCCGGCGGCUUUCGUCCGGAAGGCGUAUGAGAUGAAGCGCAAGUUGGAGGCUGAGCGGAGGGAGGAGGAGAGGGAUUGA